GGGGUGGUGUUUCCUGGCGGAAGGGCGGAGGAAGGACCGGAAACUCCCCGAGACGGGACGGAAGGGCCGGGCUUGCUUGGAGCGGGCACUGGUCGAACUGGAGGGAACCGGGGAAAAACCUGGUCCCGGGCCCGGGGCCGGGGCUGCGACUGCGGGUCCCCGAGGGCCGGGGGAGCGAGGUUCUGGGGCAACGACGGCAGCAGCCGGAGGCGAGCGAGCAGAUGGGGCGCAGGAGGCGAAGGCCCGUCCGGGGGCUGCGGGGGGAGCUGGAGCCGGGGCCACCGCAGCCUCAGGGGCCGGGGCUUCCUCCAUGUUCGCCGGGUUGCAGGACCUGGGGGUGGCCAACGGCGAGGACCUGAAGGAGACACUGACCAACUGCACCGAGCCCCUCAAAGCCAUCGAGCAGUUCCAGACAGAGAAUGGUGUCCUACUGCCAUCAUUACAGUCUGCACUGCCUUUCUUGGACCUGCAUGGGACGCCUCGGCUAGAGUUCCACCAGUCAGUUUUUGAUGAGCUGAGAGACAAAUUGUUGGAAAGAGUAUCUGCCAUUGCUGCUGAAGGAAAGGUUGAAGAAAGGUACAAGAAGCUAGAAGAUCUCUUGGAGAAAAGUUUUUCGCUGGUGAAAAUGCCCUCCCUCCAGCCAGUGGUGAUGUGUGUAAUGAAACACUUGCCAAAGGUUCCUGAAAAAAAACUGAAGCUGGUGAUGGCUGACAAGGAGCUGUAUCGGGCAUGUGCUGUGGAGGUUAAGCGGCAGAUUUGGCAGGAUAACCAAGCUCUGUUUGGCGAUGAAGUUUCUCCACUGCUCAAACAAUACAUCUUGGAGAAGGAGAACAUCCUCUUCAGCAAUGAAGUGUCUGUCCUGCACAAUUUCUUUAGUCCGUCUCCUAAAACAAGACGUCAGGGGGAGGUAGUGCAGAAACUGACACAAAUGAUUGGGAAGAAUGUGAAACUCUACGACAUGGUGUUGCAGUUCCUUCGGACCUUAUUCUUGCGGACAAGGAAUGUCCAUUACUGUACCCUGAGGGCUGAGCUGCUAAUGUCAUUACAUGACCUGGACAUCAGUGAUAUUUGCAUGGUGGAUCCCUGCCAUAAGUUCACCUGGUGUCUUGAUGCCUGUAUCCGAGAAAAGUUUGUUGAUAAUAAGAGAGCUCGGGAGCUGCAAGGAUUCUUGGAUGGAGUGAAGAAAGGUCAGGAGCAAGUGCUGGGUGAUUUGUCUAUGAUUCUGUGUGAUCCCUUUGCGAUUAAUACCCUGUCCUUGAGCACCAUAAGACAUCUGCAAGAACUGGUGGGUCAGGAAACCUUACCCAGGGAAAGUCCUGAUCUGCUUUUACUACUAAGAAUGCUCUCCCUGGGACAGGGGGCUUGGGACAUGAUUGACAGUCAGGUCUUCAAGGAGCCAAAGAUGGAAGUAGAGCUCAUCACUAGGUUUUUGCCAAUGCUUAUGUCUUUUGUGGUGGAUGAUUAUACUUUCAACGUAGAUCAGAAACUACCAACAGAAGAGAAGGCAUCAGUCACGUACCCUAAUACCCUUCCUGAAAGCUUUACUAAGUUCUUGCAGGAGCAUAGGAUGGCCUGUGAAAUGGGGCUUUAUUAUGUCCUUCACAUAACAAAACAAAGGAAUAAAAAUGCUUUUCUCCGACUUUUGCCUGGAUUAGUGGAGACAUUCGGAGACCUGGCCUUUGGUGAUAUAUUCCUUCACCUGCUCACUGGGAACCUUACUCUGCUGGCAGAUGAAUUUGCUGUGGAAGAAUUCUGUACUAGUUUAUUUGAUGGAUUCUUCCUCACCUGCCUCUCAAGAAAGGAGAAUGUGCAUCGCCAUGUUCUCAGACUCCUGAUUCACCUGCAUCACAAAGUGGCCCCUACUAAAUUGGAGUCCCUCCAAAAGACUUUGGAGCCUACCAGUCAGAGUGGGGAGGCUGUGAAGGAUCUUUACAACCAGCUUGGAGAGAAACUGGAACAUCUGGAACAUUGCAAACCCAGUCCAGCCCAGGCGGUGGAAGCUCCUGCUUUAGAGCUACCUCUUCCUGCUGUCCCAACCCCAGCAGCGCUUUGAGGUGCUCUGACCCUGGGCUUGGUCGUGGUUAUGGUACCUGAUGACAUGUAGCUUUCCAUAGCCCUUGAGGGUUGGGGAAUUGUUUGUCAUCACUACACUGUGAAGAAUUUCCUGAGGACUUUACAUUGAAUGCUGAAGUUUUGUUAGUGUUACAAAGUCUGUGCAGUUUGCAGAUCCUAGCUUCAUCUAUGCCAGUGGGAGGGGUCUGAAGAUAGUGUAUAUUCAUCUACACUGAAAUCCAAGAGGUUUCCCCCUCAUUAGGGAAUAAGUUGGUGGAAGAUAGGAAUCGUUCACCUCUCUUAACCUGAGUUAUUCAAAGUGUUCAUGGUGGUUUCAGUGGAGUGUGAGUGUCCAUGAAAAAAACAAAAUGUUCGUAAGGUCUCCAUGAACCUCUUUGAUAGAUAAGUAUGGAAUUGAAUAAUCCUGUAGUCUAGGCUUAGAGGGAUUGGAAUUAUUUGUUUAGAAUUCUAUUCAUUGUUGCAUCUCUGGCCUACUAUAUAACCUUUAUAUAGGCAACCUCUGUGCCUUAGUUUCUCUGUCUGUUAGAUGAAGAUGAUAAUAUGUGCCCCUUUAGAACUAAGUCAUUUUUUAGUGGCUGAUGGAUUUAGAGAGUUUUUUAAAUACCACCCUCCCCUGCCUUUUUUUUUUUAAUCCCAGGAUGGCCUCAGGUCAGGAGGAAAAUAUUUUAAGAAUCUCUACUAAGAAUCUCUAAGAACCUUGAAUUUGGUCGUAGGACCAGAAGAUACUUUAAUUUUUCGCUCUCUGGCAGACUUCUUUAGACCUCAGCCUUGAUGAUGUUGUGCUUUAUACUUUCAACCUCAGAAGAUUGUGUUGGUUUUUUUUUUAAGACUUGGUCUCUCUGACUCACCCAGACUCUCACAGACCUCACCUUGCUACUGAUGAGAAUGGAAGUUUUGACCUGCUCUGUUUCUAACCUGGGCUGGUUCACCGCUCCUUAGGCAGCCUUGUGGCUCUCUCCUUCCAGGGACUCACCAUAUUGGUGCCAGACUUAGUGCAGACAUCCAUUAGCUUUAGCCCUUCCUACUGCAGCUCACAACUCUGGAACUCAAGUGAUCCACCAGCCUCAGCCUCCAGCAGCAGGGACUAUGGGUGUGUGCCAUGGCGUCCUGCCUCUCGGAAGUCUUAUGUGUUUUCUUACAUUUUUAAAUGCCUUGGAAAACUUCUUGGCUCCUGUUUUGCUUUGUUGAUUUUUAGUUAUGGUAAUAAAGAUGGGAGAACAGUAGUUACAUAGGUUAAAAAGGCAGCUUCCAUUUUAAGGAAGAAUAGAACCAACCAUGUACUCACACAGUGAUUACCAUCUUGAGGUUGUUAGAGCUGAACCUUAGACACUCCUUUAAUGAAAGAAGAAUUAGAUACUUAGGCAUCACUAGAAGGGCUUCACUGAGAACUGUAAGCUGCCUCCUAAAUCCCUACCUUGGCAACUGUGGGACCUGAUGAAAGAAUGGGACUAUCUCUGUCUGAUUCCUCAAGUGAAUAAUAGGGCUUCCGAAUUCACAGAAUGAUCAAAAAACCACUUUAGUUUGGGGGAAUAUACCUUGAACUAGUGAACAUUCAAAUACUUCUUAAAUACCGUCUAGUACUUUCCAGUAAAUACUGGAACCAGUGCAAAAUUUUCAGACAUUGUUAUAUAGAAUUACUUAGAUGAUCAUUAGGAAAUUAAUUAUUAUUAUUUAUAUAAAGCAAGUGCUUCUAUAAUAAUUGAAAAACAAUUUAUUCUCAGGUUGGUCACCUCUCUCUGUCCCUACCAAACAAUCUUUUUUUCUUACUCUAAUAAUUUGCUUAGCAAGUCCUUCAUGAGUUGUUUAAAUCUAUGUAAUGUAGACUUUAUUUCAGGCCCAGCCAUCCUAAACCAAAAAUGACUAAGGCCUGAGUAAUUCAAGUACUGUACUUGCAGCCUCUAGUCACGACAGUGAUUCUGUUGCCAGUUGUGUAGCUAAAAACAACAGCAACAAAACAGAAGCUGCUUUCCUGGUUUGUGUGUGUGAAGAGACGCUGAGAGCCUAAAUGACUGUACCAGGGCUCUGGAUUUGUCUGAGCUUGCAUUGCUCCUGUGUGGCUGCUAGGCCACCUGUGCCCACCAAGUGUGCAAGAGGAGCAGUAGCAGAGAGGGAAUGUGGGGGGAUUGUCACCAUAGAAGGUGGCAGGACAGUGACUGUGCUGGGCAGGGGCUCCUGAAGGAGGGAGGAGGGUGAAGCAAAGUUUGAUCUGCUUCAGAAUGUCAGGUGUCCCCAGUAGCAGCCACUCUGCUACACAUGACCAGAUUUCCUUUCAGAUUCAGAAGCCCCCAAACCUCCAUCAGUUUGAGGCUUUCCUCUCUUGGUUCCUGCCCAGAGUAGCUCUCCUCCAGCAGUGUGUUCUCUGCAGCCACUGUUUGCUUUGAUCCUAGCUCUGAAUUCCUGAUAGAGACGACUGGACCUUUGAUGUCACAGUAUAGGGAACCUCAAGUGAGGAAACUCCUACCAGGCAGGUCCACCCCUUCUCUGCGACUUUGAGUCCUAGAGAAUCACCUUUGGCACUGAGGUUCAGUGACUUGUCCAGAGUCACACAGCCAGUAUGUGUCAGGUGGAACAUGAACCCAGGGCUUCCUGGCUUUGAGACCAGCACUAUCCACUAUGUCACACUGCCUUUAGAGUUCCAAAUGCACAUGAUAAAAGCUGAAAUGCUUACUCUCUCACAGUCAUGAAAAUGGAUGUUGAUAUGGGUUUAUCAUAAAACCAUAAUCAGUAAGGCCACAGGAGAAAACAUGUCAGUAUAGUCUCUGCUUUGACUUUGUAGAUUGUUUUGCACAGGUGCCUGCUGUGAAUAAAUAAGGGCUUCUAAUGUUCUUAGGAUAUUCUUGUCUAGAUGAGAAAAUUUCUGAGGGGAAAGUUGCUAAAUGAUUUGAUUUUUUUUUCAUUUAUAGAGCUAAAAGUGGUGUUAGUAAAUAACCUACAGAAAGUGUUUUUCUUAGACGUGAUAAUUACAUUAGACAGGAAAGCUGAAUGUUUUGGAGGAAAGAGGACUGGGCCAGAUUCUAAGUAACUUGUAAAUUCUGGGCCUGCCAUGGCUUCUCUGUGUGAUCUUGAUCCUAUCUCUCUAGUGCCCUGGGCCUCAGUUUCCUUUGCUGAAAAAUGAAGUUGGACUGAGUGAUUUUGAAGAGCCCUGCCCUCUUUGACAUCUUAUGUCCAUGAGUUAGAGAGUCUGACUACAGAGAGCAGAAAUUUAAAAAACAACCCUAAAAACCUAGGGCAGCCCCUCUAGCUUGUAUCUUGUGGUUAAACGCUGUCAUAUAAACUAUAUAAAGUGUGUCUGUGUUUGUAAGUAUGCAUGUGCUGGCAUGUUCAUGUGGAACUAGCACUGAUUAUUAAUAGUUCCCUCCAGACUGCCAGGGUUUGCAUGAUACAUACUUUAUUUUUCGAGAGUGCCAAAGAUUUUAGUCCCUAAGAAGUCAGACUUCAGACUUUAAUUCUUCCCAUAAAGGUUGUGGAACAAAGAAUUUUGUGAGCAUGAAGAUACUGUACUUUUUAAAUUAAAAUUGCUUUUAAUUUUUGAAAAAAAUGCUUUUGAUAAAAAAAAAAAGACAACACACAGAAAUGUACAUCCAAAGUCUUAGCACUACCUUGGUUUGAACAAAUAGUACAUUGUCAUAACCCAUUAUAAUCAGGCUUCCUCCUCAAGUGUGUGUGAACAGCUGUCAUUAGGUCUAAUUCCUCUCCAUGGUGAAGUGCUUUGCCCACUUCUAGUAAGUGGCAGAAUUGGGAUUUGAACCCAACUUUGCUAACUAACUCUGAAGUCAGAUGUCUUCUCUACUAUAGCAUGCUCCCGGUUGGGAAACUUGAGAGAAUUUCUGCAUCCAAAUAGGAAGAAGCUCGGGUUAGACAAUGUGGUCCUGUAUGAUUUGAUGUUGCUCAUUGUAUUUCUCUUAAUUAAAUGUAGACUGCAUGAGUGA